AAUAACUUCCUUUGUGUUCAUCAGAACAAAGACAGUUAUGCGGGUUUGUAACAACAUGAGGGUGAGUAAAUGAAUUUUCUUUUUUGGGUGAACUAUCCCUUUAGUUUGCGACCCGCAGCUCUGUGUGUUCACGACUUGUGUACCCACUGGGAUCGGGUUAAAUGCAGAGGGUACAUUUCGAGUAUGCCUUCCAUACUUGACAAACAAACUUUCAUACAAAUGCAUAACAUUCUUUUGAAUUAUUACAGCGGGUUACAAAAGCAACUUGGCUAAAACACAGAAACACUUGAUGUUCUCUGCAAUUCAUAUAAUGACCACAAGAGGACAGUAUCCGACAGAAUGAAUGGGUAAACUUAGUGAAAUUAUGGUUAAAAGUCCACUAAGACUCAGAGCUAAUGGUUUGCGAGGAGAAACUGUAAAGUUUUCUUCAGUAUGUAGUGUAGUGCAGAGCCUAAAGAUGACUGGAGAGAAAAGAGUUUCUCCUCUGAAGAACUUUGUGGCUGGAGGGGUUGGUGGUGUCUGUCUCUUAUUUGCUGGACACCCACUGGACACUAUUAAGGUCCGUCUACAAACACAACAUUCUGUUCUCUACAGAGGGACAUACGAUUGUCUCCGAAAAACUCUGUCUAAAGAGGGAAUAUUUGGCUUAUAUAAAGGGAUGGGUGCUCCGCUAGCUGGGGUGACCCCAAUGAUGGCGAUGAAUUUCUUUGGCUUUGGGCUCGGAAAAGACUUCCUGCAGAGUGACCCCAGCAUCCCACUAACGUACUCACAGAUCUACCUGUCAGGGAUGUUGGCUGGAGUCUUCACCACUGUGAUCGUGGCUCCGGGAGAGAGAAUCAAGUGUUUACUGCAGGCAGGGCACAAACAUUACACACAUCAUUAUUACACACCUGACCUGUGUAUGUGUGGAGGGAGGUUGAUUUAUGUGGUCUAUGGGUUAGGUUAGGUUUGGACUUGACUCUGUGAAGA